CAGACAUCAUCAAAAGAUUUACAUUAUAAGGGAACAGGCCUCGGAUCAAACGGAAUUUCAAGGACGAAUUUCACGAUAUUUUCAACACCUCCUUCAGGGCUCUUGACACAAGCCCACUCAAAUGUCGCGCAUUGUAAACUUUUUUCGCACACCACUGUACAAGAACACCGGAUCAACGGCACGCGACCAUCUCGCUUCCGAGCGUACGUUUCUAGCAUGGAUACGUACGGGAUUAGGAUUUAUUGCUCUUGGAAUAGCCGUGGAAAGAUUUUCUCAGCUCGAUCUCCCGGCUUUGGCUCGGGAACUGAAGACGGCGAACUCACCUUCACAAUCUCUGCCGUCUCCCCCAAACAAUUCGAGGAAGCGCGAAAGCGAUGAGAGGCUGUUGGUAGGCACAUUGCUUGGAACUGGGAUGGGAAGUAUUGUGUACGGAAGCACGAGGUACUUCUCAAAUCUCAGAAUACUGGAACAAGGUGGUUUCAAGCCCGCUUUUAACGGACCUGCUGUGCUUGGAGUUGUGGUUGCUGGGAUGGCGAGCGCCAGCUUCUUCAGCAUGGUAAACAGAACAAAAGAGAAAGAAAGUUCGAAAUAGAAUUGCUGUUUAAAUCCGAAGACUUCUAUAUCAUUUUGUCGAAGCACACUCGGCAGAGCAUAGACAAGAUAUGUACUAAUUAGACAUGAUGAC